AUGGGAAUUCACAAUCCUCUCCCGUCGUCUAUGGCGUCGGAAUGUAAAAAGUGCGGCAAGAUUCUAGCUUCGUUUGUCGACCCUCGACAGGCCUUUGGACCAGACAAGAUCAUUCCUCCUCAAGUUCUAGCAAACGCAAAGGGUCUGGCAAUCCUCACAGUUAUUAAAGCAGGCUUCCUCGGAUCAGCUCGAUAUGGAAAUGGAGUAGUCGUGGCCCGUCUCGCAGACGGAUCUUGGAGCGCUCCUUCAGCAAUCGGCACUGGUGGAGCUGGAUUUGGUGGCCAAAUUGGAUUCGAACUUACAGACUUUGUGUUCAUUCUCAAUGAUGCAGCGGCGGUACGGACAUUCUCACAAGCAGGAUCUUUGACAUUGGGAGGCAAUGUUUCAAUAGCUGCUGGACCUGUAGGACGAAAUGCUGAAGCGGCUGGUGCUGCCAGCAUGAAGGGUGUUGCGGGGAUUUUCAGUUACAGUAAGACGAAGGGUUUGUUUGCUGGUGUGAGUUUGGAAGGAUCUGCGAUCAUUGAGAGAAGAGAUGCCAAUGAGAAGCUCUAUGGACGACGAUUCACGGCUGCAGAGUUAUUGACGGGAGCUGUUCGACCGCCACCUGCUGCUCAACCUCUGAUGAAUAUCCUGAACUCGAGAAUCUUUGCUGGUAUCGGAGCUAGUGAUGACGCGACUUAUAACGAUAUUCCAGUCUACGAUGACAGACACGACGAUGUUGUCUGGGAAGGAAGAAGAGGAAGUGCGUUUGGAGAAGGUGUGAGGAGGGAUCGUACAGGAAGUGUGAACUCUGGGGACAACGACUACGUAUACCAGGAUAGGCCAAAGAGAGCGAGUACUUGGGCCGACGAUAUCUACGACCGCACACCAACUGGUAGCUCAUCAAGAAUCAACAGUUUUGGAGCGGGUCGUGGUCGAGGUGGAUUUGACGAUGAUUAUACAUUCUCUGAUACUCCUAGAAGUCCAACAGGAAGUGGUAAGAUUGGACCAGGCAGACCUGCUGCACCGAAACCACUGUUCCAAAGCAAGACUGGAAGUUUGAGGUCGAAUGAGGCUGUGGCAUUGUUUACAUUCGAUGCAGAUCAGCCUGGAGAUUUGGGCUUCAAGAAGGGUGAUAUUAUCACAGUGACAAAGAAGACUGAGAGUACAAACGAUUGGUGGACUGGCAUCAUCGGUACUCGAACUGGAAUUUUCCCAGCCAACUACGUUGAGAUGAAGAAGUAG